UAUCCCAGUUCGUCUAUUAAUACAAAACACCACCGUAAAUUAGUGCCUCUAGUUUAGAAGACAAAAAAGCCAAAUAACAUAAUAUAAGUGUCGUAGUGCCAAUGUUGAAGAAGUGUUGAUUAAUAAUAAGUAUAAAAAACAAUAGUGAAAAUGCUGCCAGUGCCGCAGGAUCGUUUGUCUGGGAGACGAAGCAGUUCCAUCGUCAGUCGUACUCUCCUUGGUCGGCGGGCUUCCGUUUACGUUACUGGCAAUCAACAGGACCCUGCAAAGUUAAUAACAGAGAUCAACGUGCAGCUAGCUCUGUUCCGCGAUCUGCUGAUCCACAUCGGGCAGCCACACGACUGUCCAGAGCUUCGAGAGCGCGUGCGCAGAUUACGUCGCGCAUGCGUUGAAGCCACCAAACAGACCAGCCAGUUAGUUCUUCCCAAUUGUAAAAAAUCAACAAGCGACGGUUGUACGGAACAGCCCCAGCUGGUGCUCCUGUACUUCAUGUCACAGCUACUGCUUCGAGAACUGGCCAAGUGUCACCGGCUCGUACAAUUAGUGCCAAUGGACAUGACUUCUUAUUAUGAAAAUCGUGCCGGUCCAUCCAAUUUCGGUAACGUGAUCAGUCAGAUUUUGCUGUGCAAGCAAAUCACACCGGACUUCAAUCAAGAGGAGCUUUGCAGUAUCGCCAAGGACACUCAAGAGAUAACCAGGAUAGUGAAUGAUAUACAAGAAUACCUGCCUCAACAUGAAAAUCUUAAUCAUUUGGAGAGUAACGUCGCACUGAAAGGCGACGACGUCAACGGCCUGUGGAGGAAUAAACGAAGAGGUUCUUUGUAUAAGGGUAUGGGGGUGCUCUGUUGCGUGUCCAGGCCAAACUACCUCUGAGGGUGACGGGUCUCGCCAUCCCGGCGGCUCAGUACAGAAUAAACACUAACUCGGAAUUGCGAACUCCUGGGACAUUGUUCCUAUAAAAAACUCCAAGUGUUCAGUGAAAUUCUAUAGUAGUGAUCGUGGUGUGACAAGUACCUAAUACUUGUUCGGUAUAGAAAAUGAAGGGGUCCAUUAAAUUGUUUAGUUAGUAACCGAUACGUGCGAAGGUAGAUGAUUUGUAUAUUAUGUUACAAAUCAUCAACCUCUAGAGUUGUAUGUAUGGAUAAUAAUAUGUAUUAUAUGAUUACAGAGUAUACCUACGUGAAUAAAAGCGCAUAGUUGCAUUUUAUCGUGAAUUGCCUGGAAUGGGAUCAAUUGCGUUUAAGUAUUUCAGCAAAACAAAUCAGGCUUCCUCAAUCAAAGUUAUAAAUUGG